AAGACUUAGUCUACAUAGUAUGAUAACUGUCGUCAUUUGUUUUGCAAGUCCUCACCAUGUUGUCGCGAUCGAUCUGUUUUAUUUAUGGUUUCGGAACUGAAUGUCAAUGUCAUCUGUCAUUCAUGUUUGUUCAUGUUUGAUUUUUUUACAAUAAAAAUGUGUUGUUAAUUUCUGAGAGUUUUCAAUAUUAAAACAUGGCGCAGCCGUUGUGAAACGAUCCUAAAGUGUGAUUGGAUGCGAAAAUAUUGUUUUCUACUGAAAGUGUCCUGUUAAAUAUCAUGGAGUCGUCGUCGGCGUCAGUGAAAUUGCCUCCAAAUUUCGACAUUCGCUCUUCGCAAUCAGCUAAUGAUUGGAACUAUUGGAAAUGUUUGUUCGAGGACUAUCUGAUAGCAACUAAUCAAGAUGGAGCUUCAGACAAAAUUAAACUGUCAUUGUUGCGAAACAUGAUGGGUCCGGAGUCUACCAAAGUCAUCCUAACCUUUAAAUUAUCGGACGAGGAGAGACGAAGUUACGACAAAAUUGUGUCUGAAAUCGACAAAUAUGUGAAUCCCAAAAGUAAUCCGGUAUUUGAGCGAUUUAAAUUCAAUGAAAGAAAACAGGAAGUUGGAGAAUCAUUUGAAUCAUUUUAUACUAGCCUGAGGGAAUUAAUAGGCAAGUGUGGAUAUAAUGACAAAUGUUUAGAAUCUACAGAAGAUCAAUUAUUGCGAGAUAGGAUUGUACAAGGGAUCCAGGAUCACAGCCUACAGGAAAGUAUGUUAAGAUGUGAGGACUUGACGUUGGAUAAAGCUGCAAACAUGUGCCGAACAAGUGAAAUGAGCAAACUACAAGUAAAGGAAAUGAACCCCACCUUACUAGUGGAUACAAUAAAAUCCAGAAAAGUAAGGGACCAACAAGGUGUAAAAUAUAAGGAGUUUAGCUGCAGACGCUGCCAGACAAGACAUGGACCACGUGCAUGCCCUGCUUUUGGAAAAAAAUGUAACAAAUGUGGGCUGGAGAACCAUUUUGCAGCCAGUUGCAGAGUUAAGAAAAAGGUACAGGAAGUCAAAUGUGAGGAGUCUGAUUCGGAUGAAGGUGCGUAUUGUAGAGCUGUUCAGUCAAAAUGUGGUGAAAAGAAGGCCUGGUCUGAAAAUAUAGAAAUUGAGGGACAUAGUGUUCAAUGUAAGCUGGACUCGGGAGCAGAUGUGAGUGUCAUGCCAAUUAAAGUUUUUAAUAGAAUAAAUACAAAUUUAAAUUUAAAGUUAAGGGAAUGUAAUUUGAAAAUUGAAUCUUUUGCUGGUGAAAAGGUAAAACCUAAAGGGAUGAUAAGUUUACGAUGCAAAUUUAAAAAUUUUGAGUGUUAUGAGAAUUUUAUAGUACUGGAUUGUAGUAAUGUGUUGUUGGGAUUAUCAGGAUGCAUAGCUUUAAAUUUAAUUAAGCGCAUAAAUAAUGUGGAAAUAAAUAAAGAUAAAGAGAAAUUUAUUAAGGAAAAUAUAGAAGUUUUUGAAGGGGUAGGUAGGUUGCCGGGAGUAUUUGAGUUUCCUGUUAAAAAUACAGAUGAUCAAAUUUGUCACCCUUCGCCAAGGCUUCCAAAUAGUAUGCUUGCACCAUUAAAAGUUUUGUCAUAA